AGAGAGAGAGCGCAGGGUGCGGAUGUGAGAUUGAGACAGACGCUCGCCUCGCUCUCUCCCAUUCCCUUCCCUCCCUCGCCCCCUCAGUCCCAGGCGGCACUCUGCCUGUCUCCUCCCCAGUUCCAGCCCCUACCCUGAGAUGUUUUGAUGGUGAUGAGCGCGUCCUGCUGCUGCUGCUGCUGCCGAGUCUCUGGAGCGGACUGUCAGCCGAGUGUGUCCUCUCCAGCUCUGCAGAGGCACGCACAGAGUAACACAAAUAUAAACUAAAUCAGGCGGCCAGCCCGCUGGCUUCAGCCUGCCUCCCGGAGAUGUCCGCUCAGGGUUUACCCCCAGGUGGAGGGGGUGCUGCAGGAGGGUGGUUGAACACUGUUUUAUUUUGCUCCUCGCCAUCAGCCAAGACCAUGUCCAAGAGAAAGCUGCGCCAGACCAGGAGCCUGGACUCGGCGAUUAUCCGGGGCUACGGCACCGACAGCGAGCUCACGGCGGCGGACGACUUCGAUGCUGCCCCCCGGGCUGCCUGCCUGGGGAGCAAGUACGCGGGCGCCGGCGGCCCCCUGUGUCCCCGCAGCUCGGCCGAGAGUCUGCUCAGCGGCCGCUCGCUGCGCCCCCGGCACUGCCCCCGCUCCCCGCUGGAGAAGUCUCUCUCCGCCAACUUCAGCUUCGACCUGGAGCCCAGGGGAGGGGGCAAGAGGACCGCCGCCUGGGACCUCGCCUUCCUGCCCAGGGGCCAGCCUCAAAGCCCGGCCAGCAACACCCUGUUCUCCCCGAGGAAGUGGCUGCAGAGGAAGCCGCACCAAGUCAGCAGCCAGUCCUACAUAGUCUGGAGGUCAGAGGCUGACUUUACUUGGAACAGCAUGUCUGGUCGGAGUGUUCGAUUGAAGCCGGUCCCUAUUCAAAGUCUGUCGGAGCUGGAGAGAGUACGGCUUCAGGAAGUGGCUUUUUAUCGGCUACAGCAGGAUUAUGACUUGGGCUGCCAGGUUACAAUUCCAAAAGAUGGACAAAAGCGGAAGAAAUCAUUGCGACGGAAGUUAGAUUCAUUGGGCAAGGAAAAGAACAAGGACAAAGAAUUCGCACCGCAUGCUUUUGCUAUGCCAUUGUCUCAAGUGAUUGUCAAUGAUCGAGCCCAUAAGCAAAAGCAGGAUGCUCUGAAAGAGGAGCAGAAAGACAGUUCAGACCUGGUGGCAUCAAUCUUGCCAUUUGGAACCAGAAGACAGAACAAAGAACUCUCCAGCAGCAAUUCAUCUCUCAGCUCAACCUCAGAAACUUUAAAUGAACCAACAUCACCAAACACGCCUGAAGCUGUCCCACGUGUGAGAAGACGGGGUGGAAUGUCUGUGGAUUCUAUCACUGACCUGGAUGAUGAUCAGUCUAGAUUAUUAGAAGCUUUGCAACUCUCGCUCCCAACAGAAGUGCCAAACAAGAAAGAAAAGCAAAGAGACAAAAAGUUAAGCCUCAAUCCUAUUUAUCGCCAGGUGCCUAGAUUAGUGGAUAGCUGCUGCCAGCAUCUAGAAAAGUAUGGCCUUCAGACGGUAGGAAUAUUCAGAGUUGGAAGCUCAAAGAAAAGAGUAAGGCAGCUACGAGAGGAAUUUGAUCGGGGUGCAGAUGUUGUUCUUGAUGAAGAGCACAGUGUUCAUGAUGUUGGUGCCUUGCUGAAGGAAUUUUUGAGAGAUAUACCAGAUCCUCUGCUCACUAGAGAGCUCUACACUCCAUUCAUCAGUACACUUUUACUCGAACAGGAAGAACAGCUCAGUGCGUUGCAGCUUCUCAUUUAUCUCCUGCCCCCAUGUAAUUGUGACACGCUUCACAGACUCAUGGAGUUUCUUGCCAUGGUAACAAAUCAUGCUGAGGACACCCUGGAUAAAGAUGGACAGGAGGUGACUGGAAACAAAAUGACUUCACUUAACCUUGCCACAAUCUUUGGCCCCAACCUCCUCCACAAACAGAAGAGUUCAGACAAGGAAUUCAGUGUUCAAAGUUCAGCUCGGGCUGAGGAGAGUGCUGCCAUCAUCACCGUUGUUCAAAAGAUUAUUGAAAACUAUGAGAUGCUAUUCAUGGUACCACCGGAGUUACAGAAUGAGGUACUGAUGAGCUUGCUAGAGACCGAUCCAGAUGUCGUUGACUACUUGCUGAGGAGGAAAGCUUCACAGUCGUUAAGUCCUGAUCUGACCAGAGCAGAAGUCUCCUAUUCCUUGGGAGGACGACAUUCAUCUACUGACUCUAACAAGAUCUCAAGUGGAGAAGUGUCACCCUAUGAUAAUAACUCUCCAGUCCUCUCAGACAGGCUGUUAACGCAGGGACCAGAAGAUGUUAGCACAGGUCAUGAGAAACUCUAUAAAGUCCCUGAACAGUAUGCUUUAGUUGGACACUUAAAAUCCAAAUCUGGGGAUAGCUCUCCAGUUUCAUGGCCUGAUAAAGAUAAAAAUGCAUCUUCAGAAGAAAACGCUAACAUUUGGGGAACUUGGCAUCCCACGUUGAAGUGUGGGUCAAGAGAGGAAGGGAUGACAGGUUCGUAUGGGGAUAUUUAUCAAAGCAAUGUGUUACAGCAAAGACAGUGUUCUCUGUCACAGGGAAACCUCACAGCAGACUGGCCUGUCGUUCAGGCCUCUUCCACAUCUUCUCUGGACAACGCAAAGCAGCCUGUACGAAGAACUCAUACUGCAGAAGGUGCUCCUGAGUACCGAACCCAUGCUCCUGUGAGCCGUGUUUGCAGUAGCCCUCAAGUGGCAGGAGGUAAGAAACAUGUGCAGUUGAGCUUGGAAUCGUUGUGCCUCAGACAUGACCAGCGGUCCACGGGAAGCGCAGAAGAAAUUCCUCAGAAAACCUCAGAAACCUCUUUCUUGCACAAGAAACCAUGGCAAUUCCAUUUUAGGCACGGGGACAUCAACAGAAAUGAGACUCGGCCCCCUCCUCCGUACCCCGGUCCGUCGAGACAAAGUGCUGUGACUUCUAGUAAAGCUGGUACGCAUCAAGAGCAAACUCUGUCAAGACUUCAAAAGACUCAGCAAGGUUCUGUGGAACAACAGGCAGCAUCACCCAAACAGUCAGCUUCCGAAACGGAGCAGCACGAUUCUGUUUCCUGUAAUGAAGAGAAUCGAACCUGGUCCAGGCAAACAGACAAUCAGAACAAUAAGAACAAUUUAACAGAGGCUGACUGGGUGGAAUGGCAGAGAGAACGAUGGCAAAUCUGGGAGCUGCUGUCUGCAGACAAUGCAGAUUCACUACCAGAAACCCUAGUAUGAUAUUUUGAACUGCUCACAGCAGCCUUUGUUUAGAUGUCAUUUUAAUUUUUUUAAAGAAACAAAUCAAAAUCAUCCUAUCAUUUACACAAAACAUAUUUUUAUAUUUGUGCGAUAUUUUAACUUUCUUUUACUUUUCAGGGUGUAAAACAACACAGUCUUUAACAUUCUUGUACAAAGUCAGUGUGUCUGUCAUCACUUAAAGCGUAGCAUAGGACAAUACAUUUGAAUGUUGCUAUAUGCAUAAAAUAUACAUGAAAAAAUAUAUAUAUAUCUAUCCUGUGUUGUAAUUUCCAUUUGAUUUUGUAUUUAUACAUAUGUUUGGUUCAUUUUAUGUUUUGGAAGAGAUUAUGUUCAGAACUGCAUUCAAAGAAAAAAAACUAUUUGGACUGCUCAUUCAUUGCACUUAUCUUGUUGCUCUAAUGACUAAGUGUAGCCUCAGCAGCUUUGUGUGUACCAACUGGUGUUUCUGCUAUUGUCUUAUAAGGAAUCUGAAUGUGUACAUUACAAGACCUUCUUGCCACUGACUAAAUGAAAUAACCACUGCAGUAUCAAGGUUUUAACUACUGUCAAUGUUUUUUGUGGACUAUCACUAUAUCUUCUUCAGCUACAUGUACCACUUGAGUACCAACCCACACUCCCUUGAAUAAGUAACCUACUUAACUCUACUGCCAGUUACCAUUUGCAGUGUCAUUAUUCACAGGGUUUUUAAAAAUAACUCCCCUCCUUACCCUUUCUUAGAAUGUGAAAAAUAGGAUUGAGAUGAAAAGAGUGUACAGCAUCGCAAUUGCCAAAUGGCAGAGAAAAUCCAGCUGUUCAGUCCUUGCUUGAUAGAUCUCCGGCCAGGUAGAAGUCAAAUAUUCUUGCUGUGCAUGCGGUUUUAAAAAAUGGGGAAAUGACAGGUUACAUGUUUUGAAUGUAUUCAAAUGAAGGAUAUGCAUAAAGUGUACCUUUUAAAACAAGUCUGUAAAAUACAUUUUAAACAAUUGUGCCAAAGUUAUAAGUGACAAGUUCAUACAAUUCCAUUUAUUUUAUUUUCAGAGAAAAAGAACAUUUUUAUAAAAUGAUGUUUUAAUUCUCUUAAACUCUGGGUUAGCAGUUGACCACAAUCGUGUUCGUGUUUAAAACGUUCUGCCAAUUAAGGCAAGUAUAUUACAUAGAGGCAGAUGUGAUCUAGCACAGUACAUUGUCUUAAGCUGGUAAAUAACAUAAUCUUAAAUCUUACAUGUGCCAUAAAGAUCCAAUUAAAGAGAAUGUGAUAAAGCAA